AUGGUUAUCAAUUUUGAAAGCGCCUUAAAGGAAUUAGAAGCUAAACAUACUCAAGAAUUACAAAUCAUAGAGCAAAGAAUUAAAAAUCUAGAGAAAAGUAACGAAGAAUUAUGUAGGUUGUUUUCACAAUUCAAAUCUAUGGAAGAAAUGGUUAGAGAACGAGAGGAGGAGGAAACCAAAGCCAAGCAAAAAGGAUUUGUAAACUAG